AUGGCAUCCAAAACCUGGCUUGUCACUGGUGCUUCUUCUGGUCUCGGAGCCGCAAUCGCAGAGGCAGCUCUCCAAGCCGGUCAUAAAGUGAUCGCCACCGCCCGCAACCCCACUAAAGCAGCCGAAGCCAAUCCCCAGAUCUCAAACCUCGGCGGGAUCUGGAUGGAACUUGAUGUGACGAGCUCUGGCACCAUGAAAGUCGUGGAAGAUGCAGUCAAUGAGUAUGGUGGUGUUGUCGACGUGGUUAUUAAUAAUGCCGGGUAUUCGUUGCUAGGCAGUAUCGAAGAUAUGAGCGAAGCUGAAAUUGAGGCUCAAUUCAACACAAAUGUUUACGGUCCUGUUCGUGUGUUGAAGGGUGUUCUUCCUUUUAUGCGGGCGAGGAAGUCUGGCACUGUUGUUAAUAUUAGUAGCAGUGCCGGGGUUGAUGCACUACCCGCAUGCGCGAUGUAUGCCGGGACGAAGUUUGCUCUUGAAGGUAUGUCUGAAAGCCUCUCGAGAGAGCUAGCACCAUUCAAUAUUCGGGUGCUUGUUGUCGAGCCGGGAUCACUCCGGACCAACUUUUGGUCAGCCUAUGUCGAGCCUAGCGCUGGCAUGAACCAAGACUAUACUGGGACCCCAUUGGAACAUGUUCUCCAGGUAUUCAAGUCAAAUACAGGAGCUCAGCCCGGGGAUGCUGUUAAAUGUGCCCAGAGAGUUCUGGAAGUCGUAGAUAAUACCGGCAUGGGUGCUGGGAAAGGAGACCUGUUUCGCUUGCCACUUGGCUCGGAUUGCUAUAAACGGUUCCAAACCAAAAUCGAGAACCUGCAGGGCAACUUACUGAAAGCGAAGGACAUUGCUCACUCAACUAGCUACUGA